UGCUCGCAUCACGCAGUCAAUGCCACUCAAGUUUCAAUUACAUUUCCCUGAAAAAGGAGCAAAAAUCAUACAACAAUCAAGUACAAUCAAAUAAUUGAAGAAAACAAAUACAAUACCUCAGGUGAGUACUCUGACGAGUAAUUGAUUUCACAGGGAAAACCGUAGAUGGAUUUAAAAGUGCUGUAAAAAAAUGUGGAUAUGAUUUUAUCCCGGUGGCCAUUGUGAGGCAUACCAUCGCUCCUAUAGCAUAUCAUAAGCGACACACAUUUUAUAUUGUCUUCGAUCGUUGUCUCCUGACCGAGUCUUUCCAUUAAUUUGUUUGAUCAAUAAAAUACAACGCCAGAGGUGUUUGACAUAUGUGGUAUUGACGACCACUCCUCGAGGGAACUUCAUCGGCAAAUGGAUUUAUUCAUUUAUUACCAAGAGUAAGAGCGAGAGUAUAAAAAAUAAAAGUGACGGCUGGAUGAUAGAUAUUUAAAGGAAUCCCCAGAGUUUACUGGCGUCUAACCUUGGUGCCUCCGGUGGGAAUUUUUAUUGUUUUUCUUCAUUGACAAAUUGAGCAUUUAGUUGAAAAAUAUCCACGAUAGCAUCGACUGGCUCACGGACACUGGCUGACGUCCAUUUUAUGCCACCAAUUUUUUAUCAGUUGGAUUUUCCAUGCGAGGGGAAAGACAACGGGAAAACUGGAGUGUAAAAAACAUUCGUUUUCUUUUCGAUUUUGUGUAGCAUUGCAGAUUAUAAUCUGGGAUUAUGGAUGCAAUGGAGCCGCGUCUGGUGGCACAGGCAUUGAAUUAUCAUGGUCAACAACUGCAGAAAGUCUGGGAUGGUGAGAGAAGUGAGACUGAGCUUGCUAUGCUCAGCCUCAAAGAUCCAAACUUCGAUAUUUAUCAGCAGCGUCAGAAAACACUCAGUUUUGGAGACAGAGGAAAAAGGCUAAAACUCCAGCAAUUUAUUGUCAAGAAAGCUGAAACACUUUAUGAUAAGUCGAAUUUGUCGAAAUGUAACGAAGCAAUGAAGCAGGAAAUCGGUGAUGAAGAGUUUUAUGCCACAAUGCCAGGACUUGAUUCCUUUGUUACCAUGGAGAAAACACAACGGAUAAGAAACUUUUUAGAGAGUCUGAUUAUUGGCGAUGUUAUCUAUGCCCAAGUGAUGGGUAAAAGUGCUGCCGGACUACUAUUGAAGAUCCUCUGCAAUUGCAGUGAUUGUCCAAGAGUUGUAACUGAUUUAGGAGUAAAGGCACUGAUAUUGAACACAGCAACAGUCCCAGCAGUGGACAAGAAAGGUGUAACAAGAGGCUACAUGGCAAAUGACCUCGUGUGCGUCGUUGUGAGUGAAGUAAACGUUGAAGCUGAACGUGUAGUGGCUGUUAUGAAUGUAUCCCCUCGUGAGGGUCAAACAUCCCACCCAUCAAUGGGUUUAAUUCACUCUGACGACCUCCCCGAGGCUUACAAGAAAGCUAUGGACAACAAAGGACAAAGUUAUGAAACUAUCUUGGAGAGCAGUACCGGCUUCAAUAAUCCAAACAACAUUAAGUAUCUUUCUGAUAUGAUGAGUCUUGGUCAUGAACAUUACUCUAAUAUGGUUGGUCUGAGAGAAAGAUUCCCACCAAAUGAAUACGCCACCGAGCUCCGUCAAACUCAAGCGAGUAAAUGGGCAUUCAAAAGCGUAGCUGAUGGAAUCGACCAUUUUAAAGCAGGUCGUCACACUGAGGCAUUCCAGUGUCUGAAUAAAGCCCUGACGGUAGAUCCAAAAAACGUGGAGGGCUUAGUGGCACGUGGAGCUCUUUACGCCAACAGUGGAAGCUUCAAAAAGGCACUCGAUGAUUUUGAAACAGCAUUGAAGAUCAAUCCCACCCACGCCAAUGCUCGCAAGUACAUGGCUGAAACAUUAGUCGCUCUGGGAAGAAGUUAUGAGGAUGAGAAGAAGUACGAGGAGGCCCAUAAGGCUUACCAAAAUUGUCUGGCAAUAGCUCCGUACCACGAAGAGGCUAGGAAUUCCAUCGAAUACAUCAAAUCUAAGACAAUCGGUAAUGCCCCUCCCCCUCCAUCAAUAAAUUCCAUAGAUAACUUUAAAACGUUUGAUGGUGAAGGCAUGGUUGAUGCUGGUGAUGGCAAGAAGGACAAGAAAAAACGAAAGAAGGAGAGGAAAUCUAGGUCGAAGAAGAGGCAGAGACAGUGGACCUCUAGCUCUAGCUCAUCCUCGAGUGGAUCUUCGAGCUCAUCGAGCUCGGAGUCGAGCAGCUCCUCUUCGUCUGGCACCUCGGGCAGGUCAAACUCAAAAUCGCCUAAUCGUAAACGAAAGCAUAAGAAGGACCAUCGAGGCUCGCUUUCACCACUGAGCAAACGUAUGGCUCAGUACAAUAAUCCACCAGCUACUUCGUCGACGAGCUCGCAUGAUCCAAUUGGUUCACAAUCUUAUGCUGGUAAUUCGCGAGAGAAAAUGGAUGAUUAUGAGGUGCAAGUGAGGAAGUUUUUGGAGCAGACUAAGGAUGAUUCUGAUUACGAAGAUAAGGUUCGUAAAUUUUUAGAAGAAACAGCGCGUUGGAAGCGCGAACGUGAGAAGGAGAAGAAACACGGUGAUACUGAAAAAAUAAAAAAGAAAAAGAAGAAGGAUAAGAAGGGUAAGGAUAAGGAGAAAGAGGAGAAAAAAUCACGGAAGAAGAAAAAGAAAGAGGAGAGGAAGAAACGUAAAAAUAAGGACAAGCUUGAGCGUGACUUGGAGGCCCUCAGAAAAUCAUCUUUGCCUGAUCUCGAGCAGUUGGAGUCUAAAUUGAGUGCAUAUUAUGCUAAAGUUGAGAAAGAGACAGCAGUGUUGAAAAGAUUUGAAAGUAAUUCGGAGAAACUGGCUGAGACUUCUCGAAGGGACGAUGAAUUGCGAAGAGAGAGGGACGAUACCACGAAAGCGUAUCACGAACGUGAUACGAGGAUACCAACCAGUCAGCCACGUAAAGAUGUUCAACGUAAACCAGUGAAUGAUCUCUUCGAUCAUGAGCCAUCGCCAGUCCACCCGGAGCCGAAGGUGCCAGCCCUCGACACAGCAGCCCUGAACGCCAAGUGGAAAGCAGCUCAGGCAGCGCGUCAGAAAGAGACCCAUGUGGUAGGUAAAUGGCAGGAUCUCCACCCAGAGAGCAAGAAACGAGGUGAAUCGUCAGACAGUAACGGGAUAGAUGAAAAAUCUCGCAACUCUGUGGAUAAAUCCUUCAACAUUCGCAAGCAAAUGCACCGAGAGAUCCAAGACAAGCGAGUCUCCCAGCCAAUGACAGUUCCACCCCCUCCAGCCCCUCAAUCAACCCCUAAGGAAGCUCAGAAGCAGGCACCACUGAAGUACCCAACACCCCAGCCCCCCAACAAAUUCCACACAUCCUACAAAGAGGCCCCAGUGCAGCCUCAGGCACCUGCACAGCCUAAAUUCUCGCAUUUGGGGAAUAAGUUUCAGCCAAUUGGCCAGGCACAUCCCCCCGAGCCACCAGGGCCACGUCCACCCUCUACGAAGGGUCAGAAAGGGCCUCGAACAGACUCAGAAAGUGACGAUGACAACAGCAGGUCCAGGAGACGUGGCUCGAGGGGCCCAGGACCUAUCAGAAAGAGCAGGGACAGACCUGUGAGACGAUCCAGAAGCAGGUCGAGGUCCAGGUCGAGCUCAAGUCGCUCCAGGUCCCACUCACCGCGCAGAUCUCGAUCCCGUUCCUACUCUAAUCGAAGAUCUGGGAGUUAUGAGAGAAAAUACAGUCGUUCACCCUCAGGAACGUACAGCAGGUCACGAUCAAGAUCUAGGUCUCGUUCGUACUCUAGGAGUAGAAGUCGUAGCCGGUCCAAUGACAGGGGAUACUACAGAAAACGUCAAUUCAGACCUUAUAACAAUCGUGGAACUUACUACAAACCACGCUUUCAAGGAUUUAGCAAUCAGAGUCAUCGUGGUAAUGGUCCCAAUAAUUUUCAAAAUCGUAAUCGUUUCUAUAACAACAACCAGCACAGCAAUCGUUUCGGUAACAAUCGCAAUCGUGGGAGUUUUAGUAAUAAUAGGAACCAGAAUAGGGGGAGGGGUAAUCGUGGAAGUAAUAGAUUUUUCCACAAUACUAAGCCCGGGUUCCGUGAUUUCCGGGAUAGGAGGGACUUCAGGGAUCGUAGGAGCUCGAGGGACAGGUACAGCGAUAGAAGUUAUUCACCUGAUCCUAUGAGGAAGGUUGAUGAGGCCAAGGAGAAGAUUAAUAAGAUGUUGGAGGGCAAUGGUAAUGCUGAGAAUCAGCAACCAGCGCCACCACCCAAGAGGCACGACGGACCAUUGAGUGAGGGGGAGGAGAGGGAUGAUGAUGACUACGAGAGAUGGGGAAAUAACGAGGGCCAAGGGGCUGACAACAAGAGAGCUGAGCGCCACGAGGGAGGACAUCGGCUGCAUGGAAAAGAUACAUUCAUCGAACGUAUGAAACAACGAAGCAAGGAUGUGUUGAUUAGACGAGAAGCUGCCGCCAAAGUUUGGUAGAUUUUGCAUUUUUGAGAUUUAUCUUGUUGAUUUCUCAGGUGUCUGAUGGUUGUUGAAGUUUGGGUCUGGAUGCUUUAUGAUUUUCUGAAUGGAAUAAUCGAUUACUCAUCGCAAUCAUCGUUUUUGUAUGGAGAAAAAUUGCGCCAACAUUGCGUCAAUUCAACUGAUGCGGCAUAAUAUUUUUUUUUCGUUCGUCAAUGAACGGAUGGUAUCACUUAUUAUUUAGGCUCAAUGAUUAAUUUUUUUGUUGUAAACUAUCAACAUUGUUUCGACGGCCUUUCGAGUUUUUCUGAUUAAUCUCUCGUAUAGAUUGGUUAGUUGAAGGAUAGUAGUUAUGUGUGCGUAAUUUUCACUUGAUAGUUGAGACGUAGUUAGAAUUAAGGUCAAAUGUAUAAGAUUCGAUGUAAAACUUGAGGAGGAGAAAUAUAUGGAGCAAGCUAA